GCAGUAACCUCAAGUAUCUUCAAGACAUCAAAAAUGAGUCACCGUAAGUACGAGGCUCCCCGACACGGCUCUCUUGGUUUCCUUCCGCGCAAGCGUGCGGCGCGUCACCGGGGAAAGGUCAAGUCGUUCCCUAAGGAUGACCCCAAGAAGCCUGUUCACCUCACGGCGAUUAUGGGUUACAAGGCUGGUAUGACCCACGUUGUUCGUGACCUUGACCGUCCUGGAUCGAAGAUGAACAAGCGUGAAGUUGUCGAGGCCGUGACUGUCGUCGAGACUCCGCCAAUGAUGGUUGUUGGUGUUGUUGGUUACGUCGAGACACCCCGUGGUCUUCGUACACUCACUACCGUCUGGGCUUCCCACCUUUCGGACGAGCUCAAGCGACGCUUCUACAAGAACUGGUACCGCUCGAAGAAGAAGGCCUUCACUCGCUACGCAAAGAAGGCUGCCGAGGAUGGUGGAAAGUCCGUUGCGCGAGAGCUUGAGCGUAUUCGCAAAUACUGCACUGUCGUCCGUGUCCUUGCACACACUCAAAUCCGACAGACUGGUCUCAAACAGAAGAAGGCGCAUUUGAUGGAGAUCCAGGUCAACGGUGGUUCAGUUGCGGACAAGGUUGAAUUUGCACAUGGCCUGUUCGAGAAACCCGUCGAUGUCAGCUCCAUCUUCGAACAGGAUGAAGUUAUCGACGUCAUUGCUGUUACGAAGGGUCAUGGUUUCGAGGGUGUUACGCACCGUUGGGGGACGAAGAAGCUUCCUCGCAAGACGCACAAGGGUCUCCGCAAGGUCGCUUGUAUUGGUGCCUGGCAUCCGUCCAAGGUCAUGUUCUCCGUUGCGCGUGCCGGUCAAAACGGAUACCACCACCGUACCGAGCUUAACAAGAAGAUCUACCGCGUUGGCAAGGGCGACGACGAGAACAACGCAACGACGGAUGCAGACGCUACCAAGAAGCAGAUCACGCCCAUGGGUGGUUUCCCGCAUUAUGGUAUCGUCAAGAACGAUUUCUUAAUGCUCAAGGGCUCUAUCCCUGGUACCAAAAAGCGAGUCAUCACGCUCCGCAAAUCCCUCAUGGUCCACACUUCCCGUCGGGACCUCGAGAAAGUCACUCUUAAAUUCAUCGACACUUCGUCGAAAUUCGGCCAUGGUUCGUUCCAGACAGCCGAGGAGAAGGCGGCGUUCCUUGGUCCUCUCAAGGCACGGGAGUAAUCGCGUCUCUUCUCUUUUGUCUUUUCAUUUCAUCCGAGCAUAUUGUUCACUAUGAUCUCCUGUUCACACCCUAUGUCCCAUGCCAAUGCAAAUCGAUAAGAGAUAACAGUGAAAUGA